GAGCGCAGGUUCACGCACCCGCGCUCUGGGCACCCGGCGCGCCUGGGGAGGAGGGUGCGGGCUCAGGUCCUCCUCGUCCCCACGCCGGGGACUCACCCAGGCCCACCCGCUCGCGCUCCAGGUACCUGAGCUCCUAAGCUGGGGAAACUGAGGCAGCACAGAACCUGCGUCACGUGCACCACCCGGUGGGUGAGCAGAGCCUCACCCCGGAGGCUCCACAGGGCUGUCCUGAGAGCUCGCUGAGCCAGGUCACGGGCACUAACUGAGCCCCCUCUGCAAGACUCAAGUCUCCGCGUAAGUGGCCUCCUGUACCGUGGAGGUCCCGCUGCAAAGUCUCCUGUGCGGGACGGGAGUUGGCCAGGGCAGUGCCUGAAAGCAGAGGCAUUGAGGACCGGUGCUCUCCUGCCUCAGGCAGCCUACCUGCAGCCCCGCUGUGCUGUCCCCGUCUGUCCCCCUCCGUCACCCAGGCCUGGCCAUCACCCCUGCUGCUCUGGACACUAGGCCACCACUGCCACUGUGCACCUGCUCUCCCAGCAGGGCCUCACGGUUGUCUGCAGAGUGACCCCUGCGGAGGCGGCAUGUUCAGGGCCCACGGGCCGCCAGGCCAGCGCCAGACAACCCCCCCCCCCCCCCCCCCAGCCCGGUCAGGGCCUCCAGGUCUGUGAGUCGCUUGGCCUUGUCCAGCUGCUCGUGCCCCAGGCGGGGGACAGACAGCCCUUGGACACUCGUGCUGAGCUGGCAGUCCAGCCAAAGAACCUCCCGACCCAGCACAGGGGGGCCCUCGGCUCGAGGGCGACCCCCCCACGUGACCAGGAGCGGCCAGGACACCUCCUGGGCCUGGAAAUGGCAAGUCCAGGAAAGCACCUUCGUGAAAAAUAAUUAUUGAAGCCCAGAGGUGGUCUUGGAAGUAAAUGGCUUUUCUUUUCUACCUGAGAGCAUUUGUAGUAAAUGACUGUCACCCAGCUGAGGACACACAGGCCUCUGUAGGGGAUGCAGGGAGACAGAGGGCUCCAGAAACUAAGUCCCUAGAAAUGCUCAGACACCUGCACGCCCGGUGGCCUCUCGCUCCAUCCUCCACAAGCGCUAGUCAGGCCUCCCCUGCCCUGCCAGGGGUGGCUACCGUAUUACUGCGCCCUCUGAGAGGCUGGCCCGAGGUCACCCCGUGAGCCCGCAGAGAGGCCUGGAUGGCAAAGCCGUGGCACCAAGUCCACAAAUGGAAUGCCAGCUUUGACCAAGAAACCCUGCCCUUGUGGACCUCGGCCUUGCUCUCCUCUACGGGUCCCAGAGGUGACCCCUCCACGCUGGAGCGUCGAGCACAGCCUUGUUCCCUCCGAAGGGUUCCUGCCGCACAGCCAGCCUCGUGCAGGGGUGCCCCCUCAGCCUCCGGGUCCUCUCAGGUUUUUCUGGACGAACAGGCCAUUUGUGACCUCUCGCCCCUCUGGGAUGCGCAGCCAAGCCGCCGAAGGGUUCGCGGUAAUGGUCCGAGUCGGCUGAGGGCUCACCCCGGGCGGGGGGCUUCGUGCAGCCAUCUCUCAGGCCAGUCCCGGCGCCUGCUUCCACCAGGCAGCUUCCUCCGCCCUCCCCCACCUCGGUCACCUGUCGAGGCCUGGAUCUGUGCUGCCCCGAAGCCGUUUGAAGAGGCCUGGGAAGGGGAGUGGCCACUGGAGAGGCCAGCCCAGUCCUUAUGGUGCGGAGGCUUUCUUCUGAGUGUGAUUAGAGAACAAAACACACAGAAAGCUCUCGGAGAGAGAGAGGGUACGUGAGUCACCUUUACAGGAAAAGCCAGAAUGAACUCAUAACCUGGUCUUUCUUGGACAGCCGCAAGCAGCCCGCCAUCAUGUGGAGCUGCGGCCCGCUCAACGGCACGGGCGGCGCGGAGGACCAGCCGCUGUGCCAGCACCUGCAUCUGGUCCUGUCCGUCUUCUCCCUGCUCUACCUGGUGGCCGGUGUCCCCGUUGGCCUGGGCUACAACGCCCUGCUCGUCCUGGUCAACCUGCACGACCAGAGCAGCAUGACCAUGCCUGACGUCUACUUCGUCAACAUGGCCGUGGCGGGCCUGGUGCUCAGCGCCCUGGCGCCCGUGCACCUGCUGGGCCCCACCGCCUCCGGGUGGGCCCUGUGGGGCUUCGGCAGCGAGGCCCACGUCACGCUGCUGGUGCUGUUCAACGUCUCCUCCCUGGUGACCAUGUACUCCACGGCCCUGCUCAGCCUCGACUGCUACAUCGAGCGGGCGCUGCCGCGCACCUACAUGUCCAGCGUCUACAACACGCGACACGUGUGCGGCUUCGUCUGGGGCGGGGCCCUGCUCACCAGCUUCUCCUCCCUGCUCUUCUACGUCUGCAGCCAUGUGGCCGCCAGGAUCGUCGAGUGUUCCAAGAUGCGGGACGCGCAGGCCGCGGACGCCAUCAUGGUGUUCAUCGGCUACGUGGUCCCCGCCCUGGCCGUGCUCUACGCGCUGGCGCUCAUCUCGAGGAUCCGGAAGGCGGACACGCCGCUCGACCAGGACGCGGGGAGGCCGGACCCCUCGGUGCACAGGCUCCUGGUGGCCACCGUGUGCACGCAGUUCGGGCUCUGGACGCCUCACUACCUGACCCUCCUGGGGCACACGCUGCUGGCCUUGCGGGGGAAGCCCGUUGACAGGCACCACCUGGGGAUCCUGCUCUUCGCCAAGGACGUGGCGAGAUUCCUGGCCUUCUCCAGCAGCUCCGUGGUGCCGCUCCUUUACCGCUACAUCAACAGAAACUUCCCCAGCAAACUCCGGCGGCUGACAAAGAAAAUGCACUGCGGGCGCCAGAGCUGCUCCCCGGACCGAGCAGGGGUACAGCAGGUGAUGGCGUAGAGCCGGCGGCUGGGGUCACGGCCGCUCGCUGAGCGCGGGUCCUGGGGCCGCCACCAGUGCCCCGGAUGGGGUCAUCGGACGGGCAGUCAACGGCGUACUUCCCGGAGGCACGGUCCGGGCCCCCUCCUGGGAGACAGGCGACCGACACUUGACCUGGAUGCACAGCACUUUGUCACGGCCCGCUC